GCUAACUAGGUAGCUACACCACGUUCAAGGUUCGAGGCUGCGAGUUCGCACCAUCGUUUCCAAAGCGCAGGGCACUAACAUCUCGGCCGGUCGAGUUACGCCAAAAGAUGUAUGAAGACUCCUGGUACAGCUACGUACCAGAUGUACAGCCUAAACGAGGCCCCUCGCAAAAUACCAGCCACAGACGCAAGGAAUCUCUCUUACAACAACCAAACGGUACUGCCGAAGUCUCCAACAAUGCGGAACCAUUGGACGACUUAUAUGAAGUCGAAUCGGACUCCAACUCCCCUCCUGAUCCCACAAUAGCUCGGCGCGCAAAGUCAUACUCGAGCUUCUACGACAUUGUGCAAGCACAAUUAUCCGAGGACGGGUCGAAGAAUGGGCGGAAGAAGAGGAGGAAAGACUACGGGUGGGAUGCACUGGACGUCGUCCAGCCCGAAGCCUCUAGCCGCCUUGACGACGAAUCUCUCCUUGGCCCAUUGAACGACGAGCUGCUGGAGGCGAGGCAGCAGGAAUACCUGCUCUACCACGACCAGCUAGCCAUGACAGAGAGGCACCUCGAAACCCUCAUCGAGGACACAAACAGUGCCUUGACGGUCCUGGCGUCCCUGUCCGAGUCCUUCCGUUCAGUCGAGGACCAGACCACCUCGUUCCAAUCGCAGUGCGACGACUUGCUAUCGGAGCAGAAGCGACUGCAGGCACUUGCAGACGAAGUCGGCACCGAUUUACACUACUAUACCUACCUUGAUAACGUUUCCAGGCGACUCAAUGCCCCUGGAGCAAGCCGUCUGGUAGAUGGCGAUCCGUUUGGCGAGAUUUUGGAUGACUUGGACUCAUGCAUAGUAUUCAUGAUGAAAAACCCCACGUAUAGAGAUGCCGAGUCGUACCUGGCGCGCUAUCAGUCCUUGAUGACAAAGGCCCUCCAUCUCCUCGAAGUCGGAUUUGCAGCGCGGCUAGAGAAGGCAUCGAGCGAGAUAUCGGCAAAGAUUGCCGCGUCCCAAUCAGAGUCGGCCCGGCAUGCCCUCGCAUAUGGCCGCUUUGAGGAGUUGAUAACCGCGUCUUAUUCUCUGAUACCAAACAUUCAGAAGGUGGUUCUGAGUGCUUACGACCAGUUCGGCAACGCGAAAGAAGGGCCCGUCUUCGAUAUCUACUCAAAUACCGUGAAGAGUCUCUUCCAGGCCUAUCUGGCCGUCCGAGAUCGGGAUCUGCGGCCACUCAUCCAACAAGAGUUGGAUGCGUUCAGGACUGAAGUCAAAAGCACCUCUGCCGAAACAGCAUCUAGGAACUUUGUCAAGCAAUGCUUUGAACGCUCAUAUAGUGAAGCUUCUCUCUUCACAAGGAUCUUCGCCAUCGACCCACAGUACAGCACGGAUCCAAAUUCGCUUUACACGGUGCUGAAGUCCUACCAUAGAUCGCUUGUCAACGCCAUCAACGUCGUUCCUCUAGCAACCAACCUCCAGGCGGUUCUACAACCCAGUGACCUGCAGACAAUAUGCAGCGUGGUGGGAUGGGCGAUGAACGAAUAUCUCCUCCUCGAAUAUGACGAGGAGCAGACAGGAUUCGCAGCGCAUUGUCGAGAACUGACCGCCAGGCUCCUCACUGAGCAUCUGUGGGUGUUCACCGACGCUGCAUUCGAAGCCGAGAUAGCAAAGUCCAUCUCGCGGCCUCCUGUCAACCCUGAUACCCUUACAAUCGGCCCUGUGACGAGUGGCGUCGCAUCUUCCAAUGCGUACCCGCCGGUCAAGCGGGCGCUUGAGCUCCUAGUUCUUUUCGACCAAUCCAUGCCAAAAGAGCGAUGCCAACGCAGCAGCCCGGUCGUCUUCAAGAUCGUCACCGAGUCGGUUGCAGCUCUACGUCGGGCCGAGGCACGUAUCAAGGCGAGCAAGAAUGGUACCGAUCCAGACUUGUUCAUGAUCAAGAACUUGCUCAUCCUGAAGAACGAGCUCGUGUCGCUCGAGAUUGGUGAUGUGCGCAACCAGGCUCCCGGAAUGCAGCACUUUGGCCAGAUCUGGGAGACUCUCAGCCCGCAGAACCUGAUGGGGAUUUUGUCCAGCUUCAGCAGUUAUAUUCCCGGUUCUUCUCUCUGGUCCCGUGCUACAUCUACGUCCCCCGCGCGCAUCCCUUCGACCAACGCCAGGGGAAACAGCAACCUUGAGCAGCAAGAUGCGAGCGAGCAACUGGAUGAGUUGCUACGGCAGUCCAUCUACUCCUUCACACAACGGUGGGGGACCUUUGUCAACGAUGCUCAGACAGGGAGACUGGGUGCGAAGAGCCUGGCCAAGGUUGAGAAGGAACUGGAUGAUAUCCUUCAAAGAGCAUUCAGUAACCAGCCCGAGGUUAUGAUGAAGCUGAAGGAGGCCAUCCAGCUCAAUGCGCAGGCACAAAAUGAUGCCAAGCUAGAUAAAAAGGGUAGCAAGAUUACUCGAGUUUAGGAAUCAUCAGAGUCAAUGCGCUAUUUGGCGUCAAAUCGUUGGGAAAGUAACAUCUCUCCCUCUGCUUUUACUACUGUUGCCCUGUCGCUUUUCAUGGAGUGAUGCUCUUUUGCAACCCGCCUUAGAAUCAAUCAUACAUAGCACACACUUUAAGCAACCCGCACGGUAAAUAUCCUAUCAAACGGUAUCCAGAUACCGUAUAAACAAGGAUGCAAACAUAUAGAUGUACCAAGCUCCU